AUGGGUUAUACCUUGGUGCCUUUGUCCAUUUGCACUAUUAACAUUAAUGCCAUUCUUCUUCUUCUUCUUCUUCUCUUCUGUUACAACAGCAGCUGCAUGUGUUUGGCAUUUUCACAAUCAGGUAGAGGAUCAAAUGGAACUGAUCGGCUAGCCUUGUUAGCUAUCAAGGGUCGGAUUACCAAUGAUCCCUUUCAUGUUGUGAGUUCCUGGAAUGACUCCAUCCCUUAUUGUGAGUGGCCAGGCGUUAUAUGUGGUGGUCGCCGGCAUCCAAACAGGGUCAAAGCCUUGCGUUUACUAUCUAGUGGGUUGGUGGGUUCCUUGGCUCCAGAAAUAGGAAACCUCAGUUUCCUUGGAGAGAUUUCGCUCCAAAACAACAGCUUCAAUGGUGAAAUCCCUCGUCAAGUAAGCUUUCUCUUCAGGCUUCGUUAUUUAUACCUAUUUAACAAUUCAUUUGAAGGAGAAAUCCCACCCAACAUAUCAAGUUGCUCCAAUCUUAUAGAACUCAAUUUAAGUUACAACAAUAUUAUGGGGAAAAUUCCGGUAGAACUUGGCACCUUGUCCAGGCUUCAAGUCCUUUCAUUCCGUCACAACAGAAUGACGAGACAAAUCCCACCUUCCUUAGGGAAUCUUUCAUCCCUUUACACCAUUUUCGCAUCAUUCAACGAUUUUAAUGGAAGUAUUCCAAAUUCCCUUGGACAAUUGACAAGAUUAAAGAUUCUCUUGCUUGGUGGAAAUAAGUUGUCUGGUACUAUUCCUCCCACUCUAUAUAAUCUUUCUUCACUCGGUGUUUUUGAUGUCGGAAUUAAUCAGCUUCAAGGGAGUCUUCCAACAGAUAUAGGCUUCAAUCUUCCUAAUCUAUCGUGGAUUUCAGUUUUUGAAAACCAGUUUCAUGGACCAAUUCCAACUUCUGUGUCCAAUUUGUCGAAACUCGAACUAUUUCAAGCCAACAGAAACUAUUUUACUGGGAAAGUGGCUAUUGAUUUUGGAGGCCUAUCAAAGCUCACUCGGCUUGUAUUGUCCAACAACCAUUUGGGAAGUGCAGAGGACAAUGACUUGAGUUUUGUCAUCAGCACAUUGACCAACUGUAGUAGUUUAACAAUUUUGGUGCUUGGUGCUAAUCAGUUUGGUGGUGUGCUCCCCAACUCCAUAGCAAACUUGUCGACCCAACUAAAAAUGCUCACAUUGGAAGAAAAUCAAAUAUCUGGAGACAUCCCAGUGGGGAUAGGGAACCUUGUAAGGUUACAAUUCUUGAGCCUAUAUCAUAAUUUACUAGAAGGAAGUAUUCCAACUUCAAUUGGGGAUUUUCAAAUGCUUCAAAUACUCUAUUUAUAUGAGAACAAAUUCACUGGGCCAAUCCCUUCUUCUUUUGGAAACUUGACACUAUUGAUUAAUCUCAAUUUAGGAGAUAAUCGCUUGCAAGGAAAAAUACCUUCAAGACUUGGAAAAUGCAAAUCUUUGUUAAACUUGAUCCUUUCUGGUAAUAAUUUCAAUGGUAUCAUCCCCAAAGAGAUAUUUGAUAUUUUCACAUUGAUAGAGCUAAACCUGAGUAAAAAUUCUUUCUUUGGUUCUCUACCUUUGAAUGUGGGUCGACUAGCCAAUCUUGAAAUCCUAGAUGUUUCUCUGAACAUGUUGUCGGCGAAAAUCCCUAACACCCUUGGUGCUUGUACAAGCCUAGAGCACCUUUCUAUGGAGGGUAACUUAUUUCAAGGACCUAUACCAUCGUCUCUGAGUUCUCUAAGAGGUCUUCAAGAUUUAGAUCUUUCACGCAACAACUUAUCUGGUUUUAUCCCAAAAUAUUUGAGUACAUUUAACUUUUUACAAAAGUUAAAUUUAUCAUUUAAUCAUUUGGAGGGUGGGGUAUCAACAAAUGGAGUCUUUGAAAAUUUGAGUGCACUUUCAAUCAUUGGAAACAAUAAGCUUUGUGGAGGUAUACCAGAACUUCAUUUGCCAAAAUGUCAAAAUCAAAAGUCAAAAGGAGAUGGCAAACCUCAUGUUUUUAAGCUGAUAGUUAUCAUAUGUGGUUGUGGGGGCUCUCUAAGUUUGAUUUUUACGACAUAUUUUUUCAUUGUCUACCGGAAAAGAAAAGAAAAGAAAGAAUCCACUUUAUCUUUGAUAGGAGAUGGCCAUUUUAAGAUCUCAUAUCCCCAACUCCUUAAAGCUACGGAUGGAUUUUCUUCUGCAAAUUUGAUUGGAGUGGGGAGUUUUGGUUCUGUGUACAAAGGAGUUCUCAAUCAUGAUGAAACUAUUGUUGCUGUAAAGGUUCUCAACAUCAGACAAAGAGGUGCUUCCAAGAGUUUUAUGGUUGAAUGUGAAUCCCUUAGAAAUAUCCGACAUCGUAAUAUUGUAAAAAUCUUAACAUCUUGUUCAAGUAUAGAUUUUGAAGGCAAUGAUUUUAAGGCUUUAGUAUAUGAGUUCAUGCCCGGUGGGAAUUUGGAGAGGUGGUUACAUCCACAUGCAAAUGGCAUACAAGAUGAACAAAGGCAUUUAAACUUUGGUCAAAGAUUGAAUAUUGCCAUUGAUAUAGCUUCAGCAUUGGAUUAUCUUCACCAUCAUUGUAAUACGCAGUUUAUUCACUGUGAUAUUAAGCCAAGCAAUAUUCUUCUCGAUGGUGAUUUGACUGCACAUUUGGGUGAUUUCGGAAUAUCAAGAAAUCUUUCUCAAGCCACAUGUAGAUCUCAAAAUCACACAAGCACAAUUGGUAUAAAGGGAUCUAUUGGAUACAUUGCGCCAGAGUAUGGUGUAGGUGCUGAUGUUUCAACACAUGGUGAUGUUUAUAGUUAUGGGAUUCUCUUAUUAGAGAUGUUCACAGGGAAGCGGCCUACCCAUGAAAUGUUCAAAGGUAACUUUAAUCUUCACUAUUGGGCUGAGAUGGCUUUGCAUGAUGGAGUGAUGGCUGUUGUCGACUCAUCACUUCUCCCCAUGGAAGAAUAUGAAGAAAAGGCAACAACAAGUGUAACCAACAUAAUUGGAAGUCGAAGACGAUGCAUGAAGGAAAGAGUGCAAGAGUGCCUUAAUUUAGUUAUUAAAAUUGGAGUUGCAUGCUCAGCUGAAUCACCAUGGGAUCGAAUGGACAUAAAUGAUGUGGUUAAAGAGCUACUUCUGAUCAACGACAUUUAUCUUGGAGUUGACAUUCAUUAAGGAAGAUGAUCUAUAAUAAGGGCUAUGAA